UGAGCGGCGAAGGGCAGAUACAUAGAGAGUAACGUCGAUUGGUCGCAGGUAGUACCUGUUGGAUCGACUAUACCACGGUGUUGUUUCUGUGUUUGUCUAGUUCCAAGUGGACUAUGUCUGAAAUAUGGCGGUGUGUGUUUCUAUUCAGCCCUGAUUGAGUAAUAUGGCUACCUUAGGAUUAAGUAAAGUAUUUAUAUUAGACAAGUACUUUACGGAACUCCAGAAGUUCUGGGAAACGGAAAAGAAGCUGCAAGAUGCUUCAUCCUCAAACGAAGCCGUUCAUUUGCAACAGCGCCUCCAAAGUCUCAGCACGGAAUUGUUAACCCUCAGAAACCGGCUACAUGUUCAGGGAUCAACUACGCCAACACCAACCACCUUGAAGCCUUCGCCACCUCUGACGGCUUCACAGCCACUAUUACCAACCAGAUUGCCGACUCCUGAGUUCUCUGCCAUACCAGAAUUGAGGGACCAUAUACCAAAUGUGGGAUCUGAUUUGGACGACCUGAUACACCUUCAGGGUCCACUGACGGAGGAUGCUGUUAUGAAAUGUCUUCAAGCCAGGUUUGCAGUAUCGAAUUUUUAUACCAAUGUGGGACCUAUCCUUCUUUGCAUCAAUCCUUACCGAGAUGUGGGAAACCCUUUAACCCUUAGUAGCACAAGAGGAUUAGCUCUGAGCGCCCAACUCAGUAGCGUGGUACAAGAGGCUAUAAGACAACAAUCUGAAACUGGGUACCCACAAGCCAUUAUUCUUUCUGGCACCAGCGGUUCUGGCAAAACUCACGCCUCUAUGCUGUUGCUGCGACAGCUGUUCCAGGUCGCUGGAGGUGGUCCAGAGACUGAUGCCUUCAAACAUUUAGCUGCUGCCUUUACAGUAUUACGUUCCUUAGGCUCUGCCAAGACCAGGGCCAAUUCAGAGUCUAGUAGAAUUGGCCAGUUUAUAGAAGUACAAGUAACAGAUGGAGCCCUGUAUAGAACAAAGAUCCAUUGUUAUUUUCUGGACCAAACUCGCGUUAUCAAACCACUCGCUGGUGAAAAAAAUUACCAUAUAUUUUACCAAAUGUUAGCCGGGUUGUCCAAUGAAGAAAGGGCUAAACUCAACCUUGAAGGUCACAAGCCGUCAACCUUGAAGUAUUUGAUGAGUGGAGAUACCAGGCAAGAUUUAGCAGAAGAUGCUUCCAGAUUUCUGGCUUGGAAAACAUGCCUCGGCAUCCUAGGCAUACCAUUUUUGGACGUAGUCAGAGUACUGGCGGCAGUUCUUCUCUUGGGCAAUGUGCAAUUCAUCGACGGUAAAGGACUGGAAGUGGACGUCAAAGGAGAAUCCGAGCUCAACGCUGUUGCCGGACUGUUGGGAGUAUCUGGAGCAACCCUCUUCAAAGGUCUCACCACGCGGACCCACAACGCAAGAGGCCAACUUGUCAAAUCUGUUUGUGACGCCAACAUGUCGAAUAUGACGAGAGAUUGCCUGGCUAAAGCUCUAUAUUGCCGCACUGUUGCUACAAUCGUAAGAAGAGCGAAUAGUUUAAAGAAACUCGGUUCCACCUUGGGUACUUUAAGUUCAGACUCCAAUGAAUCUGUACAUAACCAAGCGGAAGUCACUAGCCAACACGCUUCAACAUCUGGAGGAAGCACUAAUGCAGGUAGCAAGUCGAUGGCAGCACUGAACAACGCUGUGCGACAUGCUACGGACGGCUUCAUCGGUAUUCUCGAUAUGUUCGGUUUCGAAGAUUCGGAACCUAGCCAGUUGGAACAUCUAUGCAUCAAUCUGUGCGCUGAAACGAUGCAGCACUUCUACAAUACUCAUAUUUUCAAAUCGAGCAUAGAAUCUUGCCGAGACGAGGGGAUAAACUGCGAAAUAGAGGUCGAUUACAUCGACAACGUGCCUUGCAUAGAUCUCAUAUCCUCCUUACGCACCGGUCUGCUGAGCAUGUUGGACGUCGAGUGUUCCAUCAGAGGCACUGCAGAAUCGUAUGUGUCUAAAAUCAAAGUACAGCACAAACAGAAUUCUAGAUUGUUCGAUCCUAAGGGCUCCCGCUUGUUUGGCAUCCAGCACUUCGCAGGUCGUGUGGUCUACGAUUCGACUCUCUUCCUCGACACCAACAAAGACGUGGUGCCAGACGAUUUGGUAGCUGUGUUCUACAAGCACAGCUGUAAUUUCGGAUUUGCUACCCAUUUGUUUGGGAGUGAGUUGAAAGCUUUAUACGCCACUGAGAACGUACCACGUGGGGUUAGUUUCAGGAUAUCUCCCACCUCCCACACUGACUUAUUGAAUGGAGAUGAACCAGUGUCGACUCUAACUCAAGACUUCCACACCCGUUUAGACAACUUAUUGAGAACUCUGGUCCACGCUAGGCCACACUUUGUGCGCUGCAUUCGCAGCAACUCACAAGAGAUUCCAAAUAGGUUUGAUAGGCAUGUAGUGUUUCGACAAGUGAGAUCUUUGCAAGUUUUGGAAACUGUUAACUUGAUGGCAGGUGGUUACCCUCAUAGGAUGCGUUUCAAAGCUUUUUGCGCCAGAUAUAGACUACUUGCACCCUUCACUAGAAUGCACAGGACUGAAGAAAAGAUUAUAGAAGAUUGCAACUUCAUUUUGCAGCACGUUAUAGAGGCUAUCAGUAAAACCCAGUUAAUGUCUACAAGUUGGGCAAUGGGUAAGCGACAUAUCUUCUUGAGCGAAGGUCUUAGGCAGUACCUGGAAAAUCUUCGAACGGAAACACGUCAAAAAGCGGCUUAUCUCAUACAGGCUGUGUGGAGAGGCUACAGAUGUCGAGUGAGGUUAUCCACAACCAAACGUGAGAAAAACAAUCAGAACAAUAAGAAAGCAAUGAAUAGAUCCACAAAUAAUGGCACCAUACGUCCAAGACCCCAACCAAUAGCUGGAACCCCACCACCAGACAUGAAUGAGAAGUGUGACGCUAAAAUCAUUCAGCAGACUUGCACACUCUUCGGGUUGGACUUGGAACGACCUCCGCCAGUACCACCAAGUCGUUCUUACACGGUAGCUGGCAAUACCAAGCUGGGUUAUCCGCAAACGCGUAUAAUGAAAAUGUCUUUUCCCGAAAAUAAUAGUAGUAGCGGUGUUAUACUUGCAAAAGGUGAUACAGUAUUAGUUGUUGGUGCUUCUCAUAGGAGAGGACAUCUUAUAGUGGAACAUGACAACACUACCCUUCAUGUUCCCUUCCAGUUUCUGGAGUUGAAGCAAAGUGUUAGUAUCUGAUACAAUGUAACUGAUGUGUAAUAAGUUGAGCUUUUUAAUCGUUAUUCCUAUACGACAAGGUGCCAAACUCUGACGGAAGAAAUUUUAUCAAUGAAUAUGGAGGACCCCAAUGAAAUUGACUUAUUGAGAGAAACAUUUUCAUAUUUGUUUUGAUACUCACCCAAAUGUUUUGUAGAUCAGUCCACAAUUGGUCUUAAAAUUCAGAAAUCUCCAUUUUUCGCAUAACCAUUCAUAUUCUGUCGGAGAAAAUUUUAACGUAGUUCUUAAAUAUUUAUUCCUCUACUAUAUUAUAUGUAGAUCCUUGCCAGAAUUCCAUAUAUCCAUAAGUUAUUAAUGAUUUACUCAUUUUGUACAAAUUAUCUACUAUAAGAGAAGAGAUAAAUAUAUCCUUUUGAUUUGA